AUGACAAAAGUAGUUUGCAGAGCGACCAACCGCACUAUUGUGGGCCUUCCUUUGUGUCGUAAUCCGGACUAUCUGGAGCUCACCACCCAAUUCGCUGCUGAUGUUGUCACAAUGAGCUCCAUCCUCCGAUUGGUACCUCCAUUCCUGAGGCCGAUUAUCAACCACCUGUUUACCAAGCUCCCUCAACGUCUUCAGCGGGGAAUGAAGCACCUCAAGCCGAUCAUCGACUCUCGCAGGGAAGAACAAGAAAAGAUUGGUAAUGGUUAUGAGAAGCCGCUAGAUUUCCUGUCGUGGCUUAUGGAAGCGGCCCAGGGUGAGGAGCAAACUAUAGAGAAUCUUACAAGACGAGUUUUGGUUGUGAAUUUUGCAGCGAUCACACGUCUUCGAUGGGAAUUCCAGCCAUUUGUGCAUGCCCUCUUCUAUUUAGCCGCCCUACCCGAAUACAUUGGGCCUCUUCGCGCAGAAGUUGAAGAGGUCAUCGAACGCGAGGGCUGGUCCAAAGAGGCUCUGGAUCAGAUGCACAAGGUCGACAGUUUCAUCAAGGAGUCGCAGCGAAAGACCUCGCUGGGCACUCUCGUAAUGGUACGAAUUGCCAAGGAGGAUUACACAUUCGCGGAUGGCACCCAUAUUCCUCAAGGAACUACGGUGGGCGUCAAUCUUGCACAAGCACAUCACGACCCAGAAACAUACGAAAAUCCCAAAGAGUUUGACGGCUUCCGCUUUGCGAAAAUGAGGCUCCAGCAGGAUAGUAAGAAAUAUGAUAUUGUUUCCACCUCCCCAGAGUUCUUCACUUUCGGAUACGAGCGUCAUGCGUGCCCUGGACGCUACUUCGCAGCUUGCGAGCUCAAGAUCAUGCUCGCGCACAACUACGACGUGAAGACGGAGAAUGAGGGCCCACGUCGCGACGCCAGACGUGAGGGAUCGGUGUCGAUUGGUGAGCGGAGCUCGGGGCAGGGGGUGGAGGGAAAUGGCUCAGAGCUCCCUGGCGGAGUUUGA